AUGCAAUGGCCUGUCUCCGCGUGCAGUGACUCCAGCGAUGGCGGAGGCAAUGCUAACCCAAUCUGCAAUCUCCCUGCGGAUCCCGGCCCAUGUUUCACCUACAGCCUCAAUUACUUCUACAACUCGGUCACCAAGAGGUGUGAGGAGUUCAUUUAUGGCGGCUGCCAGGGCAAUGGGAAUAGGUUUGACACUAUGUUCAGGUGCCUCAAGACCUGUGGAAGAUCAGCUAAAGAUAUCUGCAAGCUCCCUGUGGAGCCUGGCCCGUGUCUGGCCUACAUGACCCGCUACUUCUACAACUCGGCCGCCAAGAAAUGUGAGAUGUUCCAGUACGGUGGCUGCCAGGGCAACAAGAACAGGUUUGCCAAUAAAGACGAAUGUCUCAAGACAUGUGGACAGCCUGAGAUCUGCAAGCUCCCUGCGGAACCCGGCCCAUGUUUUACCUACAUGUCCAGCUACUUCUACAACUCGGUCACCAAGAGGUGUGAGGAGUUUGUUUAUGGUGGCUGCCAGGGCAAUGGUAACAGGUUUCCCAAUAUGGACGAAUGUCUCCAGAUCUGUGGAAGCUCAGAUGUAGAUAUCUGCCAGCUCCCUGUGCAGCCUGGCCCGUGUAAGGCCUACACUACCCUGUACUUCUACAACGCAGCCACCAAGAAGUGUGAGGAGUUCAGGUAUGGUGGCUGCCAGGGCAACAAGAACCGGUUUGCCACCAAAGACGAAUGUUUCCAGACAUGUGGACGCCCAGGUACUAUGUUUGCCCUUUUCCAGUCCUCUGGGAUCUCGCUGAUCCUCCAUGAGCAAAGCUAA